AUGAAUCGAUUCAUCCCGCGCAGGCCGUUCCUGAAGCAGAAACUCGGCAUCUUGACCGCAGCUCUCGCUGCCCCCCGCACCAUGCAUAUCCAGUCGAUUCCCAUGUGGACCGGGAGUAGCAACAACUACGCCUACCUGGUGGUCGACGACAAGUCCAAGGAUGCCGUCAUCAUUGAUCCGGCAAACCCGCCUGAGGUUGCGCCCGUCUUGAAGGAGGCUAUCCAGGCGGGCAGGAUUAAGCUGACGGCCAUUGUCAAUACGCAUCAUCACUGGGAUCACGCUGGCGGGAACAAGAAGCUGCUGGCGGAGCUGGGCACCCCUGGCCUGGACAUCAUCGGCGGCAAGGACUGCGAGGGCGUGACCAGGACGCCCUCGCACGGGGAGACGUUCAAGCUGGGCAGCAUCGCCGUCAGGGGCGUGCACACGCCGUGCCACACGCAGGACAGCAUCUGCUUCUUCAUGGAGGACGAGACGGGCCGGGCCGUGUUUACGGGCGACACGCUCUUUGUCAGCGGCUGUGGCAAGUUCUUCGAGGGCUCGGCGGCAGAGAUGCACGAGGCGCUCAACAAACGGCUCGGCGCCCUGCCGGACGACACCGUCGUCUACCCGGGACACGAGUACACCAAGUCCAACGUCAAGUUCGCCUUGUCGGUGCAGCAGAGCGAGGCCGUCAAGAAGCUGCACGACUUUGCGGCCAACAACGUCGAGACGACGGGCAAGUUCACCAUUGGCGACGAAAAGAAGCACAACCUCUUCAUGAGGGUCGACGACCCCGAGAUUCAAAGGGCCACGGGCGCCACGGACCCCGUCGACGUCAUGGGCAAGCUACGCGAGAUGAAGAACAACUUCAAGUGA